AUGGAUUAUAUAAGAUAAAAAGUGUCAGGCAAAAAAAAUCGCUUAAAAGAAGGCAAUUUUAAUUUGGAUCUAACUUACAUCACUUAAAGAAUAAUAGCAAUGAGCAUCCCUGGCGAAGGCUUUGAAGGACUCUAUCGUAAUCCUAUCGAUUAAGUAAAUUUGAUAAUAAUUAAGAGGUGGCUUAAUACUUGAAUGAAAGACACAAUGAAGAUUAUUUCAUAUUUAAUUUGAGUGGCAAAAAUUAUGAUGAAUAAAAAUUCAAAGGAUCUAUCUUUAAGGAUUAUUUUUGGAAGGAUCAUCAUUCUCCAUCUUUAAAUGUCUUAUUUGACAUUUGUCUACAAAUUCAUAAUAUUUUGAAGGGUAAUAAUAAUGAGUAUGGAAUUAGCUAAUGAAGAGAAUGUAGUAGUAAUCCAUUGCUUGGCUGGAAAAGGGAGAACUGGAACAGUUAUUUGCUGCUAUUUAUUAUAUUCUGGUAGAUUUAAUAAUGUGGCUGAUGCUCUUAAUUAUUAUGGGAAAAAAAGAUUUCAUGGAGAGGGAUUAAGUGUAAAUUAACCAUGUCAAAUCAAAUACAUUGAAUAUUUCUAUAAGUUACUUAAUAUGAAAACACGGAUAUUCCCUAAUCUCAUCCAAAUUUCAUCAAUAUCCUUUUACGGAAGGUACUUAAACAAUAUUAUAAUUGAUAAGAUCUCCAUAAAUGAACAUUAAUGGGUAGUGCUAUCCUUACGUAGAAAUAAUUGAUGUUAAAAAGGAUUCCAUAUUGUAUUCAACCAAAUAAAUGUCCAAAAAAUAUGUAGGUUAGAGUCAUCAUAUUAUUUUGCCAAAUUAAACUCCAUUAGUUGCAGAUAUUCUUAUUAAUGUGAAGAAUCAUGGAACCCUAUCGGAUUCAAAAAUGUUUAGAUUCUCUUUCAACACAGCUUUCAUUGAAAAGUAAGAUUGCGAAUUCAUAUAGACAUGUUACCUAUCAAUUAAAUGAGUUGGAUCCAACUUAACUUUAAGACGAUCAACGAUUUGAUAAGCAAUUCAGAGUUGAAGUAAUUGUCUACCUAAUUCAAGUUAGAGAUCGAAGAAUGUAAAAAUUGCUCCAAACUAAAUACCAUUGAAGAUAAAUGCCAAAUAUGUAAACCACACUUAAUUGAACAUCAAGAGACAUGGAGCAGAAUAAAUGAAAUUAUUAGCAGAUACAUUAAACCUACUGAAAGUUAAACAACAAAAUUACUAUUCAGAACUAAAUAAAAUGAUGAUGUAGAAUCCAUACUCAAAGAAGAAGUCUUAGAAUUAACUAACUCAUUUUAUUUUAAAAUGUAGUUAAAAGACCAAUAAGUAUAAUUAUGAUGUUGAUGAAUAAAUUUACAUCUUAUUUAAUAGAAACAAUUUUGUUUAAAUUCUUUUGUUUUUUUAGAGAUAUUAUUAACAAAUCUUGUUUCAACAAUAGUUUAGUGUUUCUAUGCAAACAUAUGCCAAAUUUCUAUUAAGUGUUACACUUCCUAACAAGAAGUUUUAAUCUUGGAUCUAUAGUCUAUCACAGAAGGAUAAAAUAUAGAAGACAAGAGAAUUGAAACCUUAAUCUAAGACCUGGUGGAUGAAUUAACGAAAAAUCAAAAAGAAUAAUGAUGCAGUUAUAGUUAGUUUUUUUACAAAGCUGGCUCAAGUUAACUCUUUCAAUUUUGGAUAGCAUAGUUUAUGA